CCGCUUUAUCUCGCCUGCUUUCUUUCUUUCUUUCAUUUUGGCAAAUUGAAGUUUCGAAGAAGGUUGAAGGCGACCGCCGAUUCUUUAAAUCUUGUUUAUCGAAUUCCGGAUUUACUAGUAUUAAUUAUUUCUUCCUUUGUAUCCAGCAGCGGCCAAACCAAACCAAACCUCUGGGAAACCCUCCCUCUCUCAAGCUUGAAUCUUUCGGACUACCUGCAACCCGAAAUUUGACUCACUGAGCUGGUAGUGAAGGAUUUGGCUGAAUAUAGCAUUUGUAUAGGGAGAAUAUAGAGAGAGAGAGAUCAGAGAGAUUGGAUUUGAGGGUUUUAGAUUUGGGGGCCGAAUUAGGUAAUUUUUGGGGGGAGUUUGAAAGGAAGCUUGCAAAGAUGAUGUCCAGAUCUUAUACAAAUCUUUUGGAGUUGGCGUCGGGGAAUUUCCCCGUAAUGGGUCGGGAGAAGAAGCGUUUUCCGAGGGUGAUGACGGUUCCCGGGAAUAUUACUGAGCUUGAUGAUGAACAAGCUAGUAGUGUUGCAUCAGAGAACCAGUCCUCAGUAGCCGGUGAGAGAAUUAUUAUUGUUGCAAACCUAUUGCCUCUGAAGGCGAAACGGAGGCCGGACAAUAAAGGGUGGAGCUUUAGCUGGAAUGAGGAUUCCUUACUUCUGCGGGUUAAGGAUGGGUUGCCGGAGGAUAUGGAGGUUUUAUAUGUUGGCUCUUUGCCUGUUGAUGUUGAUCCCAUAGAGCAGGAUGAUGUAGCCAGCUAUCUUCUGGAUAAAUUUAAAUGUGUCGCUGCUUUUCUACCGCCUAAUUUAUUGGAGAAGUAUUAUCAUGGUUUUUGCAAGAAGCAGCUGUGGCCACUUUUCCACUAUAUGUUACCAUUUUCAGCUGAUCAUGGGGGUCGAUUUGAUCGUUCAAUGUGGGAAGCGUAUGUAUCUGCCAACAAGCUGUUCUCGCAGAAAGUUAUUGAAGUUUUGAAUCCUGAGGAUGAUUAUGUUUGGAUUCAUGACUAUCAUUUGAUGGUUUUGCCCACAUUUUUGAGAAGGCGCUUCAUUCGUUUGCGAAUGGGGUUUUUCCUUCACAGCCCGUUUCCCUCGUCUGAGCUGUACAGGUCACUUCCUGUAAGAGAUGAAAUCCUCAAGGCUCUGCUUCUAUCUGAUCUUAUUGGUUUUCAUACCUUUGAUUACGCUCGCCAUUUCCUUUCCUGCUGCAGUCGUAUGCUGGGAUUGGAAUAUCAAUCGAAAAGGGGCUACAUAGGGUUGGAUUAUUAUGGAAGGACAGUAGGCAUAAAGAUUAUGCCUGUUGGAAUACACAUGGGUCACAUUGAAUCAGUGAUGAGACAGGCAGAUAAAGUACUGAAGGUUGAAGAGUUAGAGGAGCAGUUUAAAGGUAAAACCGUGUUGUUAGGAGUUGAUGAUAUGGACAUAUUUAAAGGUAUCAAUUUGAAGAUUUUGGCCAUGGAGAACUUGCUCAAGCAGCAUCAGAAUUGGCAUGGGAAGGCUGUACUUGUCCAGAUUGCAAAUCCUGCUAGAGGGAGAGGGAUAGAUUUGGACGAAAUACAGGCUGAAAUAGAGGAGAGCUGCAAUCGAAUCAACCGGGAGCUUGGAAGUUCGGGAUAUCAACCUAUAGUGCUUAUCCAUCGGCCUUUGUCCAUUAGUGAGAGAAUGGCCUACUACAGUAUUGCUGAAUGUGUCGUGGUCACAGCAGUUCGGGAUGGGAUGAAUUUGACACCUUAUGAAUAUACUGUGUGCAGACAAGGGGUUUCGGGUGCAGAAGCCGGCUCUGAUUUGAGUGGGCCUAAAAAGAGCAUGCUAGUGGUCUCUGAAUUCAUUGGCUGUUCGCCUUCUUUAAGUGGUGCAAUUCGUGUUAAUCCAUGGAAUGUUGAAUCAACUGCCGAAGCAAUGAAUGAGGCCAUAUCAAUGGCUGAAUCAGAAAAGGAGAUGCGGCAUGAAAAGCAUUACCGAUAUGUUAGCACGCAUGAUGUAGCUUUUUGGUCGAGAAGUUUCUUCCAAGAUUUGGAGAGAACAUGCGCUGAUCACUUCAGGAAAAGAUGCUGGGGAAUUGGUCUUGGUUUCGGUUUUCGGGUGGUGGCAUUGGAUCCAAACUUUAGAAAGCUUUCAGUAGAUGAUAUUGUUGCAGCUUAUUGUCGGGCUAAAAGCAGAGCUAUAUUAUUAGAUUAUGAUGGAACACUCAUGCCUCAAAAUUUAAUCAGCAAGACUCCAAGUCCCCACGUUCUGUCUCUCUUGAACAAACUAUGUGAUGAUCCCAAAAAUUUAGUAUUUACGGUGAGCGGAAGAGGCAGGGACAGCUUAAGUAAUUGGUUUCAUCCUUGCAAGAAGCUAGGACUUGCUGCUGAACAUGGCUACUUUAUAAGGUGGCCACAACACGAAGAAUGGGAAACAUAUGGCCAGAGUUUCGACUUCGGGUGGAUGGAGCUUGCAGAGCCUGUCAUGAAGUCAUAUGCUGAAGCAACUGAUGGCUCCGGGAUAGAGAGGAAGGAAAGUGCUUUAGUCUGGCAUUAUCAGGAUGCUGAUCCUGGAUUCGGUUUUUCUCAAGCCAAGGAAAUGCUGGAUCAUCUAGAAAGUGUUUUGGCGAAUGAACCCGUCGCUGUCAAGAGUGGCCAGUUCAUUGUUGAAGUGAAACCUCAGGGUGUCAGCAAAGGUGUGGUGGCUGAAAAAAUAUUGACAUCGAUGAACGAGAAGGGGAAACAGGCCGAUUUCGUGCUCUGCAUUGGCGACGACAGAUCAGAUGAGGACAUGUUCGAAAUAAUCGCUAAUGCUGUGUCUUCGCAUCUUCUUUCCUACAGCACUGAAGUAUUCGCGUGCACCGUAGGGCAAAAACCGAGCAAAGCAAAGUACUAUCUUGACGACUCUUCAGAAGUGGUGACAAUGCUCGACUCUCUUGCUGAUGCUACAGAUUCCGCAACCUCAUCCGAUGAUGAAGCUGACGACCUCCCAAGACGACUCAGCCAUGUUUCUUUUUCUUGAAAAUCCACCAGGUUUUCAAAUGCCCGUAUGACAGAAAUUGUUGAUUUUUCUGUUCCCGUUUUCGCCCAUCGCUUUGUUGUUAGUUCUGAUUCUGAAUGAACUCAGAUCAAAACCCGAAGAGUGGACUGAGGUCGGGAACUGAUUCGUGAAUUUGUUGUAAGCGACCACUGUCUGAGGCGGUAUACAUACUACAGAGCCUUCGAUUUUUAAGUCCAAAUGACAAAACCUACCUCGGAGUCGUUGCUGGACAACUUGGGAUUCGCUCUUUUGCUGGCUUUUUGUGGUCCAAGAUAUUCGUUCGUUCACUGUACAUGUCGCCGGUAAGACCUGCUCUGCUCCACUCUACUCUACUCUACAUAGGAUUGACUUUGUUUGUUGUUUUUGCAUUUGCAAUUUGCUUGUGAAUAUGGGUUGUGGUAUUGCAAUAAGACUGGAAUGUUGGUCUCUUUUCUUGUUCAUUUCCAUCACUUUUUAUUUAAUUACAUUGCUGCUGAAGUGGACUGACUACGUUGUUGUA